GCUGAUCGAGUGCGCGCGCAGCUGCUCCUCCUAGCGCCUGUGCUUUGCCAUUUGCUCAAAAACCGUUUUCGCCUUGGGGGCCGCCAUUGGGGUAAAUUAAAAAUAUACCACACACCAACAGUAAACGGAAAAUCCACAAUGCUCGGCAUGCUUUUCGUUUGAGCAUUUUCCAAUUCUGAAACCGAAACAGAAACAGAAACAGAUUCAAAUCUUCGUUUGUCGGUUGUGUAUCGUUCUCGGCUAACGUACGUCCGAGGCCUUUGGCUAACGUGUAACGGGCUAUCGAACAGGUUUCUUUAUUGCAAACGCCAGCAAAGUCGCGAGUCGCGUCGAGCAAGUCGAACCUAACGCAAUUCACAUUAGGAUAGAGACCCCAGUGAAAAGUUAGAUAACAGAUUCAGAUAGAUCGCUCCAAUCAUAUAAAUAUAUAUCAGUAUACAUAUAUACGCAUAUAUAUACAUAUAUAUCGCGAUAACUGGCAGCCGCGAUGUCCAUCGAACUAAGCGAAUUGAUCGGACUCAGCUGCCCGGAUUUGACUGCCCAACCGGACGGCAGUGGUCAGAUCCAGUUGAUUAUCAAUUCGGAACGUCGCCUGAGCAUUAAACAAAUGACGGCCACGGAGCUGGCCAAUAUGCGUGCUGCUGCUGCCGCCGAGGCUGAGGCACAGGCUCGUGCUCAAGCCGAGGCCAAGGCGCGAGCCUUGGUUGAGGAACAGGCGAAUCUGGCCGCUGAGGUGGUGGCUCAGGCACGCGCACGUGCCGCUCUUGAAGCUGAACAGCAGCUACUUCGUGCCCGGGAGCAAGAGGAGCGUCGGGAAGUAGAACGACAGAGGCAAUCGGACGCCACGCCUAGUCCAUCGCCAAAGGGCGUUCUGCCGUCCAUUGAGGCGCCGCGUGAUCGCAUCAUUUCACUGCCCAACAUCUUGGAUGAUGCUAUGGAAAUGCAUUUGCUGAACGCAGUCGAGGGCAGUGGCAACUCUGGCGAGUCCUCGCCCACCAAGAGCAAUUCGCACCUGGCCGACUCUAUUGAGAUGCUGCGCAAGCAGCGGGCAGCUCGCGCGGCACGCUCCCACAAUCGCAGCCGAGAGCGCAGCACAUCGCCAGCAGCGCGUAACCAUGAGCGAAGCGCAGCACCCGACCGGCUGCACAGCUCCAGCAUCAGCAGCAUGGACUCGGCGUGUGCCAGUGGCAGUCGUCGUGGCAGCACGGCCAGUGCCAUGAGCAGCGAUCCGGCAGCGGAGCUGGCGGCUCCGCCCAAGUUUCCGAUCUCCAAGACGGUGUCGGUGCCAAACAUGAGUCGUCGCCGUAGCAGCUUAACUACACUUUUUCCGGGACCUUCGCCGUUGGUGGCGCCCGAACCGAUGCUGCAUACCAAUCCUGAGCUAUCGCUAGCAACGGAUGCACCACGUCCGGGCGGCCAGGAAGAUGGCUAUCGUGAUAUACCCAGCGGCAAAAUGGUGCAUCGCACCAAGACACCACCGCCAGUGGGCGCCAAUUUGGGUGUAUGCCUCAAGCGGGUGACAGCUCCAAGCGGUUCGAUAACCAUUAAGCCCAAGGACUCGCCCAUGCUGGGCGUGGUGCUGCGCAAAGUGGAAAAGAAGACGGCACCACAAAAGAGCGUGCUGGACGAUGACAAGCCUCUCUACCAUCUCUCAAUUGUGCGCAGCGACAACAAGGAAUACAAGCCGGCGGCAAAGCCAAAGCCUAAGCCAGCACCGCCAGCGGUGAAGCCAUCGCCGGGCGGUAUUCUGACCGGGCCACAGGUGGUGCGCACUGUCAACCGGCCGGCGCUAAUGGCCAAGCCGCAACGACCACAGCCCGGGGUGCCUGUGACCAUAACGAAAAUCGAGGGCGAUAAGAUUAUAAUAAUCAAAAAGAUAAUUGUGCCGAAGAACAGUAAGAUACCGGAGCAGUAUCUGCAGGUUGUUAUUUAAAUGAGUCAAGAUGCAGGCAAAGCCGUCGCCGUUAAAUCAACCGAGUUGGAGGCACAGCCUCCGCUUGUCGCCGUUGCAUGCCCCAACGUCAACGCAUUGAAGCCCAGUGAAGAGGCAUUCGUGUCGUCAUCGUCGUCGCCGUGCAUCAUGCAAAAGCCAACACCGCCGCCCGCGAGCGGUCAGCAGUUCUUUCAGGUCGUCUCGCCGCAGUUCGCGUCGGUGCUCUCGUCCAGUUUGCCAGAGACCAAGUGUGCGGUGCGCUCGCCCAUCUCAUCGCCGCUGGCGCUGCGGAAGAAUCGACCGCUUCUGCCGGCCAGUCCGAAAUCAACGCCGCCGCUGCCGCGUAAACACCAUACCAUGGCGUACAAUGCGGCCACAGGUGCCAUCACAACACCUGCACGUCCCAUGGCCACCAUAGCCAGUAGUCCAGCGUCAAGCAUAUCGCUGUCAUCCUGCAGCUCGCCCUCAUCGUCGCCUCCGCCGCCUCCGGUGCCGUGUCGAGCACCCAAGCAAAAGGCGAGCACAAGUCAAGGCAAGAUUCCAGGCGAGAUCGACUUGGAUAAGCUGCUGCAGCAGCAGCAGCAGCUCGAGGAGAAGUCAGCUGCGGCCACCAGCAGCGCCAAGCUGGAUGCCAAUUUUUAUGAUGCUGAGAUCGAAAUGAUGAACAAAUAUUUGAAGAGUCUGCCCGACUACAGCGAGCUGGAUCGGAAGCUGCAUAAGGAGUUCCAGGAGUGCGAGGAUCUCUAUGAUCGGCUCAAGCGCCAACAGCAACAGCAGCCGCUCACCAAGUCCAACUCGCAUCAAUCUGUGGCGGCCAAAACGGCAUUACCAUGCGCUCCCAGCGGCCUCUCAAAAUCCUCGUCGAUUAAUUUUGCCAACAAUCUGACCUCCGGCCGGGCACCUCGCUUAGCCUAUCCAUCGAUUUUCGCCCAGCCCAAUGCUAAUGAGCAGCCCAAGCUACAGCGCAGCAUAUCCAGCUCCAACAUGCCCUUGGGCGCGCCCAGCUCCGGGCCACUGCGUCCACAGGAAGCGUCCAAGAACGGACCGCAGACCGACUCGAAUCUCUCGCUCAACAAGCAGCUGAUGAACGAUUUCUGGAGCGAGAAUCUGUGCAGUUCGCAGAAGCGGCAGACGCCGAAGCGCACGUUUUGGAACUAUGAGAAGAUUUGCGGUGCACAGCUGGGCGAUGCUGGGCAGCCCUUCAAAGUGGAUGCCAAGACGGCCAAGAAGCUGGCCAUAUUUGAUCCAACGGUCGCUGAGGCUGCGCAGAAGGAGCUGCAAAAGCAGCAGCCGGCGCAGCAGCAACAGCAGCCACACAGCCAUCGCCUACAGAAGAACGCCUCGUUGUCGCACUUGGAUCUGAAGGUCAGACAGGCCGUGACCAAAGACGAUCUCUACAAGCUCAUCGUAUGCAAUGAGCAGUCGCCCACGUCGACGACGACGACGACUACGACUACGCCUUUCACCACUCGCGUGCCCGUCAAGCAGCAACAGCAGCCGCUGCCAGCUGCUCAGCAGCUUAACAAGAGCGUCUCUAUGACGCAUGUUUCCGGCAUUGCAGCGCCAGCUCCGCUGCUGCGCAGCUCCAGUCGCACGCACAUCCCCUGCUACAUGAGGCAUCUGCCGUCGCUCAGUCGCAGCACAUCCAACUCGGCGAUAUUGGUGAGCACCCCGGCAGCAGCCGCAGCCGCAGCCGCAGCAACAACAGCGACAACGGGGACAACGCAGUCGCGCAAGGAGCCGCCCACAGUGAAGCAACAACAGCAGAAGCCAAAUGCUGGCGUGCUCAAAAGCAACAGCAGCUCUUGUGUGCCGUCGCCACGUUGUGCCGCCGCGCUGUUUCGCCGACCCACAGAACCAGGCAAACAAGCUGCGACAGCUGCUGCAGCAUCGCUUGCCACGCCGAUCGCGGAGGCAUCGAAUGAGACGAGUGCGUCGCUGGAGCGUAAGUCGGAGAAGAGCAACAGCACCGUCAGCAGCAGCAGCUUCACUGUGACCAACUGCUGCACGACGCAUCUGCCGCAGCUCUCAAAGUUCACCUCAUCCUUUCACAUACCCUCAACAGUUGAGCACAAUGCCAACUUAGAUCAAGCAGCAACAACAGCAACGGCUACAGCGCCAACAGCAGCAUCAGCAGCGACAGCAUCGACGGCAACGUCAUCAGCGGCGACAAAGCGUCAAAAAGACGUCGACAACAAGCUAGAGAAAUGUCUAAAUGACAUGCUAAAGCUAAAGAGCAAUAACAACAAUGCAAUUAUGUCACAAUCGCUGACAGCUGAACACAAAGAGGAGAGCGGCAGCAGCAACAUCAACAGCAACAGCAACAGCGCCAGCAAAAUUGCCAGCGAGUCGCAAAUACCCGUGCCAGUGCAGCUGUACGAUCCGCAGAAGCCGCUAAUGCAGCAGCAGCAGCAGAGGAUGGCAUAUCCCAUAGGCAAAUCGAACUCCACGUCGCAGCUGCCGAUGGGCUAUCAGCGUCUACUGCAGCAGCAGCAGCAUCAGCAGCAGCAACAACAGCCGCAGCAACAGCAGCAGCAGCAGCAACAUUAUCCACAACAAAAGCGUCCAUUUUUAAACUGGAACUCAUUCGCCUGCUCAGUCAUGAAUGGCAGCAGCGAUCCCUUUCAGCAGCAGCAACAUCAGCCUCACAAGCUGCAGCAAUCUUAUUCCUCCUCGCACGUGGCCAAGCAGGCGCCCAAGUCCAGCUCCGGCUUGGCCAUGUUCAUGCAAAAGAACACCAACAAGGAGAACAAAUUCGGGCAGCCGCAAACGCAGCAGCAGCCGCCAUUGGGCAUGGCCCCGCAGAUGUAUGGCAGCAGCUAUCAGGCGCUGAGCAAUAAUGCGAAGCCUGCUUAUCCACGGACAGGCGCUGCACCGCUGACCCACUCGGCAUCGUUCAGUGCUGCACAGCGACCCAGCCUGAUGCAGCCUCAUAAUAAUUAUGGAUACGGCAUGAUGAGUCGCAACUAUUACAAUCUGCCCAAGCAGCAGCAGCAACAACAGCAGCAGCAGCAGCAACACGAGCGUAAACCACUGCAGACCUUCGAUCCGUAUGCGUAUCUCAAACCCAGUCAGAGCCAAUUGCUGCACCCGGUAAAGUACCAGGUGCAGCCCCAGCCCCAGCCCCAGCCUCAACCACAUCCGCAUACGCAGUUUCUGAACGCUUCCGUUGGCACGUCUGGCGUCGGUGGUGGCGUUGCUGGCGGUGCUGCGCUUCAAUACGAUCCAAAUACAAAUACGCAAUUGUUUUAUGCACCGCUGCCGGCAGCAUCGACGGGCAUGCAACCACAGGCAGCGCAGCAACCGCACCAUCUACAGCAGCAGCAGCAGCAGCCAAUACAACAAAGCAAUUCUGUCAUAUUCAGCCAUACAAAACAACAACAACAACAACAACAACAACAACAGCAGCAGCAGCAGCAAAAUGAAAUGUCCAAGUCCGUUCUGGGCCAGCAUUUCAUCGAGACAGCAAAGCCCGUCAUUCAAGAUGAUGCUGAUGGUCACUUAAUAUACCACAACGGAGACAUUCUCCAUCACAGAUAUAAGAUCAUGGCCACACUGGGCGAGGGUACUUUCGGACGUGUGGUCAAGGUCAAAGACAUGGAACGUGAUUUUUGCAUGGCCUUGAAGAUCAUCAAGAAUGUUGAAAAAUAUCGCGAGGCAGCCAAACUGGAGAUCAAUGCCUUGGAGAAGAUUGCACAAAAAGAUCCGCAUGGUGAACAUCUGUGCGUGAAAAUGGUUGACUGGUUUGACUAUCAUGGACACAUGUGCAUAGUUUUUGAAAUGCUGGGACUUAGUGUUUUCGAUUUUUUGCGCGAGAACAACUACGAGCCAUAUUCUCUGGACCAAGUGCGUCACAUGGCCUAUCAAUUAUGCUACUCCGUUAAGUUUCUGCACGACAAUCGUUUAACGCACACAGAUCUCAAGCCGGAGAAUAUACUGUUUGUCGAUUCGGAUUACACGUCUCAUUAUAAUCAUAAAGCUAAUCGGGAAGUGCGUCGCGUCAAGAACACAGACGUGCGUCUGAUUGAUUUUGGUUCGGCCACCUUCGAUCAUGAGCAUCAUAGCACAAUUGUCUCGACGCGCCAUUAUCGUGCGCCGGAGGUGAUAUUGGAGCUUGGUUGGUCACAGCCUUGCGAUGUUUGGUCUAUCGGUUGCAUUCUGUUUGAGCUAUAUUUGGGUAUUACGCUAUUCCAGACGCAUGACAACCGCGAGCAUCUUGCCAUGAUGGAGCACAUCUUGGGACAAAUUCCAUAUCGCAUGGCACGCAAUCACACUCUUUACAGCAAAACCAAAACAAAGUACUUCUAUCAUGGUAAGUUAGAUUGGGAUGAGAAGUCCAGCGCGGGACGUUAUGUGCGCGAUCAUUGCAAGCCCCUGUGCCUCUGUCAACUGAGCUAUACCGAGGACCACUGCGAGCUGUUCAGCUUGAUUAAGAGGAUGCUGGAAUACGAGCCCUCGUCGCGUAUCACGUUAGGUGAGGCUUUGCGACAUCCGUUCUUUGAUAGGUUACCACCGCAUCAGCGGGUCGGCGAAGCGGGCGCCAACAAGCAGCCACUCUCGUCCGGCAGUAGCAGCCGCGAGCGCUCUCACAGUCUGUCCAGAUGAGAAUUACAGCGAUUUGGUUAUUGUUGACAACAGCGACGACGACAUCAACGUUAUUCAACAUACACAACUACAAACAUGCGUACACACACAGUGAGAAGAGUCUUCAAUCAACGUAAUGCAACACAUGAUUGAGCAGCAGACAAACAGCAGCAACAAUAACAAUUACAACUACAAUAAUAUUAAUAUACUAAUGGCGAACCCUAAUUUAAGUUCUAAAGUCUUAUUUAGAAAUUUUGUAACUUGACUUGUAUAGAAGGCAAUUUCUACACAAAAAAAUAACCCAAUUGUUAAGUAAAUAUUGUGUACAUGCUGCACGCUCUGCUCGAUUUGAUCCUGUGCAUUGUCUCAUCCCAGCCGCCAAUCGUGUUUUGUUUUGUAAUGAUAACCAAAUCGUGCAUAAUAUAUUGAUAGUGCGUCCUCCUAGCCCGAUACCGACGCCGCCAAACCCAAAUACCUAAAUGUAAAUGCACACAUAAAUGUGCACGCUCUUAACUUGAGAUAGAAAAAGAGACCUCCCCCAACACGACUGCAUUGCUUAAAGAAAAUUAAACUACAAAUGUAAAUGUACUAUAUAAGAAAUCAAUCGAUAAAGCGCUAGUUGAAAUGCAGAUCCAUGCGCAAGCUGUCAAUUGCCAUGGACUUGCUUCUAAUCUGUAAUUAAUCUAUUAUUUUUCGAGUGCGUGAGUUGCAAGCUAAUGCAAGCCAAUACACACACUUAGGUCCAUAGCUAACCCCACAUAUAUAUAUUUAUAUGUGUAUGCCAAUAUCAUAUGUAAAGAUCUAUUCGUAUGACACCUCGCCCCAGAGGGUCCAACAAGCAACAAAAAAGCAAACGCUGCUUAAUUCUUUGUAUAAAUUACUUAGCAGCCAGUCAUUUUUUCUUAGGUUAUGUUUAAUGUGUAGAAUCGGCGCUGUUUGUUCAGUUAUUUUUCCGUCAAAGUACACCCAAACAAUACCAAUACACAUACACAUACACAUACACAUACACAUACACAAACACACACACACACACACAUUUAUAUAUAUUUAUAUGAAGAAUGAAAAAAAAAAACACUAGAAAGUGGGGGAAUGCAAGUAUAUAGUUACAUAUACUUAACAUACUUAAUUCAAAUGAUUGUGAGUUAGUUUAAUAUUACAUAAAUAUUAAUUUUAAAUUACAUUAUUUGCAAUUAAUUAACCCGAUCAACCAGCAUAUAAGAUCUACAAAAAAAAA